AUGGAGGAUCAAGAACAUCAACAACAACAGCAAGAGGGGACGAGGAACCGACAAAAUCAGAGCUCAGAAAGUAGAGAAGAUCAGAGGAAUGAAUCAGUGAGGUCGCGGUGGACUCCGAAGCCGGAACAAAUCCUCAUACUGGAAUCCAUCUUCAACAGUGGCAUGGUGAAUCCCCCGAAAGAUGAAACAGUUCGGAUAAGAAAGCUGUUGGAGAAAUUCGGAUCGGUCGGCGACGCGAAUGUUUUCUAUUGGUUUCAGAACCGCCGGUCCAGGUCUCGCCGCCGGCAACGACAGAUCCAGGCUAGCCUCUGUGCCGCCGCCGCCGCGGCCUCUUCGGAAAAUCAGAAACUGGUUCAUCAUCAGACAAGGAAUAAUAUUAAUAAUAUUCAGGAGGAUUCAGCAACUUCUUCCUCUGCGGCUACGGGUUUUCUCCAUCAAUAUUCCAUGUCGACUUCUUAUCCGUUUGUUGUUGGUUCUUCCUCUUCCUCCUCCUUCGCCGCCUCCGACUCCUCCGCCGCCGCUUGUGGGAUCAACCAACAAAAUGAUUUCGCUGAUGAACUUUUGGGAUUUCCGGGACAAAUUGGUCACCUGGAAACUGAUCAGCAAACUUCUUCAAAUAUCAACCAUCAUCACUUCCAUUAUCAAUCCGGAUUUAUCACAGUAUUUAUUAAUGGGGUAGCAACGGAGGUACCAAGAGGGCUAACAGACACAAUGGCGAUGUUCGGCCAAGAUUUUGUGCUCCUUCACUCCACCGGAAUCCCAGUCUCUGUGAAUGAAUAUGGUUUCCUCCUUGAAGGCUUGCACCCUGGUGAAAGCUAUUUUUUGGUUCACAGACCUGCGUAG